GGACUCUUUCAGGACCUUGGGUAGGGUUCUGCUUCUACACACCUUUAUAGGAGUCAUGAAACGGAAAUCAGUAAUUUAUACGGAUUUUAACUGAGAUGCCAAAACUGACAGGACACUAAUAUUGGCGCCUCAAAUUGCCCCCUUAAAUUUGACCACCAUGAGCUCCCGUAGGCAUUGAGUCUGUUUCCAUAGAAACCAGCUUCUGCACAACGAACGACCAGCUCGCUUACAUUUGUUAUCGCUCAGGUUAUGCCACAAAUUAUGAUGUGCUGUUCCAUUGUAGAUGUUUUGACUCGGUGACAUGACAAAAUGUCCUUCAGGGAUUUGCGAAAUUUUACAGAGAUGAUGCGGGCUCUGGGAUACCCACGGUUAAUAUCCAUGGAGAACUUUCGGACACCAAACUUCUCUUUAGUCGCAGAGAUCCUCAUAUGGCUCGUUAAAAGAUAUGAACCUCUGACAGACAUUCCCACUGAUGUGGAUACAGAGUCGGAUAGAGUUUUCUUCAUCAAGGCUGUGGCACAAUUUAUGGCAACCAAAGCACACAUCAAGCUGAACACAAAGCGACUCUACCAGGCUGAUGGCUAUGCGGUGAAGGAGAUGCUAAAAAUCACCUCAGUGCUGUACAGUGCCAUGAAGACCAAACAACUGACACUGGAUGACAAAGUGGAGGAAGAUAACAACAAGUUUAAGUUUGAUCUUGGCUCAAGGAUAUCUGAUCUUAAAGCGGCCAGACAACUUGCAUCUGAGGUCACGUCUAAAGGAGCGACUUUGUACGAUUUAUUAGGGAAAGAGGUGGAAUUGAGGGAAAUGAGAACUGCAGCUAUCGCUCGACCUCUUGAGAUUGAUGACACCGAAAAGGCCCUAAAAGCUGCGAUCAAGGAGGUUUUGGAGAGUGUUGAAAAAACCAAAGACAUGUUGGUGAAUGGGGCGUCUGAUGAGAGCAGUCUGGAUGCUAAGAUAGAGAAAAAGAAGCAGGAGCUGGAGAGAAAUCGAAAGAGACUACAAACGCUGCAGAGUGUGAGACCUGCCUUCAUGGAUGAAUAUGAGAAAAUAGAGGAAGACCUGCAGAAGCAGUAUGACAUAUAUGUGGAGAAGUUCAGAAACCUUUGCUUCCUGGAGUCACAGCUGGACGAGUACCACAGACUGGAGCAGGAGAGGUUUGAGGAAGCUGAAAACAACAUGAGAAUGAUGCAGAAUAAGCUGAGAGAAGAGGAGCGGGACCUAAUGAGAAGUUCCUUGAAAGAUGAAGACUCUGACAUGGACCUUCCUGAAGACGAAGGCUCUGACAGUGACAUAGAAGAGUCUCGCCCUUCAAAGCCACGGCCGUCUCACAAUGGCAUCAUGGCAGGUCGAGGAGCAAGAUUCAUCGGUAACAUGCAGGGAGGUGACAGCGAGGACCAUUCCAUAGCAGUUUCCGGAAGGCCGUCAUUUUGUGCCAAAAAAUUCCCCGGAAGACAGACUGAAGAUAGUCAGAUUGAUGUGGAUGAGGACGAUGAGGAUGAUGAAGAGGAAGAUGAGGAGGACGACGAGAGUAAGGAGUUAGAGGUUGACAGUUUGGAAGGACCAGAACGAAGAGGAACCGGAACCUCCAGGGGCGGCUCAAGACCCCCUCACCCCGAGGACAGUGACAAUGACUUCUAAAUAAACAUGGCCUUCUUGUUGCUCUGUGUCUGCACUGUACUUAAAUAUGUGCGCUGUAUGUUACAGUUACAUUUUUGUACAAAUAAAAAGUUGGAAAAUUUGAAUUGAAUUAAA